GGAUGUCGCUGCUGAGCAUGUCGUGGCUGGAACUCUGGCCUGGGGCACCCUCCCCAUGGUUGCUCCUGCUGCUGAUUGGGGCCUCCUGGCUCCUGGCCCGUGUCCUGGCCUGGACCUACUCCUUCUAUGACAACUGCUGCCGCCUCCGAUGUUUCCCGCAACCCCCCAAACGAAACUGGUUUUGGGGUCACAUAGGUCUGAUACAGAGCUCAGAGGAGGGUCUCCAGUACACACAGGGCCUAGUCAGCACCUUUGGGGACCUGUGCUGCUGGUGGGUGGGGCCGUGGCAUGCAGUCAUCCGCAUCUUCCACCCCACCUUCAUCAAGCCUGUCCUCUUGGCUCCAGCUACCAUUGCGAUGAAGGAUAUGCUCUUCUAUGGUUUCCUGAAGCCCUGGCUGGGGGACGGGCUCCUGCUGAGUGCUGGUGACAAGUGGAGCCGCCACCGCCGCCUGCUGACACCCGCCUUCCACUUCAACAUCUUGAAACCCUACAUGAAGAUCUUCAAUGAGAGUGCAAGCCUCAUGCAUGCUAAGUGGCAGCGUCUGGCCUCAGAGGGCAAGGCCCAUCUGGACAUGUUUGAGCACAUCAGCCUUAUGACCCUGGACAGUCUGCAGAAAUGUGUCUUCAGCUUGGACAGCCACUGUCAGGAGAAGCCCAGUGAAUAUAUUGUUGCCAUCUUGGAGCUCAGUGCCCUCAUAGCAAAACGACAUCAGCAGCUCUUCCUGCACUUGGACUUUCUGUACUACCUUACUCCUGAUGGGCAGCGCUUCCGCAGGGCCUGCCGCCUGGUGCAUGACUUCACAGAUGCCGCCAUCCGGGAGCGGCGCCGCACCCUUUCAGAGCAGGGUGUUGAUGACUUUCUCAAGGCAAAGGCCAAAACCAAGACUUUGGACUUCAUUGAUGUGCUUCUGCUGAGCAAAGAUGAAGAUGGGAAGGAGUUGUCAGAUGAGGAUAUCCGAGCAGAGGCCGACACCUUCAUGUUUGCGGGCCAUGAUACCACGGCCAGUGGCCUCUCCUGGAUCCUGUACAACCUCGCCAGGCACCCAGAAUACCAGGAGCGCUGCCGAAAGGAGGUGCAAGAGCUCCUGAGGGACCGCAGGCCAGAGGAGAUUGAAUGGGAUGACCUGGCCCAGAUGCCCUUCCUGACCAUGUGCAUCAAGGAGAGCAUGAGGAUCCAUCCCCCGGUCACCGCUGUCUCGCGCUGCUGUACCCAGGACAUAGUGCUUCCAGAUGGCCGGGUCAUCCCUAAAGGUGUCAUCUGCCUCGUCAGCAUCUUCGGGACCCAUCAUAACCCCUCUGUGUGGCCGAACUCUGAGGUCUUUGAUCCCUUCCGGUUCGACCCAGAAAACACCCAGAAGAGGUCUCCUCUGGCUUUCAUUCCCUUCUCUGCGGGGCCCAGGAACUGCAUCGGGCAAACAUUCGCCAUGACUGAGAUAAAGGUGGUGCUGGCACUCACUCUGCUGCGCUUCCGCAUCCUGCUUGGCGACACCAAGCCGCAGAGGAAGCCGGAACUGAUCAUGCGCGCUGAGGGCGGGCUGUGGUUGCAGGUGGAGCCGCUGGGCGAGAGCCUGUGA